AUGCAGGAGAACACAGCUGCAUGCAAUAACAGCAACAAUGACGAAAACAUCCAUGCAAAUGAGAAACAACAAAAUGCUCAGCAAGAACGAGAGCAAUCUGAGCAACAGCAAAGCGAGCAUAAGCAAUCUGCAUCAGGCGAAGGCCAGCCGAGAAGCGAUCGUAGUAGAGAUGACGCUCAACCUCAGUUCGGAUUUCCAGGCAGAUUUUCAAAUGGCUGCCCGUUCUCUGGUCCUUCGCAGUUCCAACGUGAUGGAAUGCGCGGCGAUUUCAACGAAGGUAUCCAACGUGAGUUCCCAAGCGGCUUCAGAGGAGAUUUUUGUGGUGAAUUCCGCUGCUUCAUGGGAGAUCGAAUGAGGUACGAUCCAAGGGAAUCAAUGGGAGGCGAUGGCAGAUGUGGCAUGCGAGGAGAUAUGAGAGAUGAUUUGCGAGAUGAUCCUCGCCGCGAUUUCAGAGGAGAUUUCAGAGGAGACUUUGGAGGAGACUUUGAGAGAGAUCCUCGCAGAGAUUGCAUCCGUGGUUUCCAAGGCGGAAUGAGAAGACCUAUGUCAGAUGAUCCAAGAGAGUUCAUGAUGAACGACCCAAGAAGAUGCAUGGUGAACAAUCCAAGAGAGUUCAUGAUGAACGACACAAGAGAGUUCAUGAUGAACGACCCAAGAAGAUGCAUGAUGAACGAUCCAAGAAGAGAGUUUAUGAUGGGUGAUGCAAGAAGAUUCAUGAGAGGGUGCUUCCGUUGUGGAUUCGGAUCUGGUUUUGGAUUGCGAUCAAGACAAGAUUUGCGUGAUAACUUCCGAGAUGAUUUCCACGAUUGCUUCCACAACGACUUCGCACACAACAUUUUCUGUGGAUUCCAUGGUUCGAACAGGAUGACCGGUCCAGCAUCCAGACAAUUUGGAUUCUUCUAA